ACAGCUGGCGUAUGGGAAAGAAAUCCGGGCGUAAACAUCUCAAACGCUGGUGCAGGAAAAUUGUCGAUUAAUUGGAAGAGGGGUUUUUCCAUGUUUGCCAGCGUGAUUUGGUAGCAGCGCAGAAGAAGCAGCCAAUCAUCCGAACACCAACCAUGCCAACGAUCAUCGCCCUGGACGUGUCGCUGUCGAUGUCGCGCCCCAUUCCGAACCAAACAACAGGCACCGGUGGGCCUGGAAGUUCGGGCUCGGAAAAUGUGCUCACCUACCAUCAGCUGGCCAUACAGGGCGUCAAUUACAUACUGGACUAUCUUUCCAAGCACGCCCGGCUGGAAUUUGUGUCUCUGAUCAUCUAUUCGUCGCUGUACGAGGUGUUGGUGGACUUUACGCGUGAUUACGACACGAUCCGGCAAGCGCUGCACAAGAUCGAGCACUACGACAAGACGAGCCUCGAGAACGUGCUGGUGGCGGUGAACAACGCGUUCAAGACGCACUGGGGCAGCCAGAACUACUGCCAGAUCAUCUUCAUCACCGACUGUGGCGUCGGCAUGGGACCGAGCUCGCUGAAGAACACGAUCAUCAACAUCCAGACGUACAAGGCGGCCUGUGUUGCGGCGGCCGCCACGGCUGCUGCUGCUGCGGCUGACGGGUCAUCCAAGGUGGCCACGAUCGGCAGUGCCGGCAGCGGUGCCGUCGUUCCACAGCCCUCCGAGAACCAGUGGGUUGGAUUUUCCUAUCCCAGCAAGCUGUCGUUCAUGUGUCUCGGUAGCCUGGCAACGGAUUCAGCGUUUCGCUGUGGCACAAAGCUGUACCAGCAGCUGCUGGACGUGAGCGGCCAGAAGGGGCAACUGUUUAUCCCACGCAUGAAGAUGAAGCACGAGAGCAGUGAGUCGGCAGGCGAUGAAGCGUCGCCGAAUGUCGGAGAUGAUGGUGAGGAUGGGUUGCGCCAGUUGACACGGGCCUCCUCGCUGGAAGCGUUCGAAACCAUGUGCGACACCAACUACCGGCAGUUUGAGGCAACGCUCCGCUGUGGCGGAUACUUUCGGCUGGAAGACCCCAUCACCGUCUGGCCGGCACCGUUGCCCUACACUGCGCGCGACCUGCUCGGAGCGGAGACGACGAAGCUAAUGUCCCGGCGCUUGGAGGUGUGUGGAUUUCUUCGCAUGGCGGACAUUGGAUCACCGAUGUCCGUCAGCAGACAUCUGGUACUGCCGCGCAGCAUUACGACUAGCUCGGGUGGUGGGUCUUCCGAGCAGGCCGAAGGUGGAAAAGGAGCAACCGCAAACGGUGGUUUGAAGAAUGGACAUGGUCACUCGUCAGCCGAGGAACGGCUCGAAGCUGACAUAAAAGCGUUUUACGCCAAAUCGGACGCCGGUGAGCAUCACGCACACGACGACCACCACGGACUGGAUGGGGCGGACGUGAACAAGGAGUCGGUCUGCGUUCUACUGCACGGUGCACUGAAGGUGGAAAACAUGGCCGCCCUGGUGCUGCUGGGGGACAAUUGGUACGGCUUCAUCUACUCGUACGCCGAUGGGAAGAAAAAGUGGAACCUCAUGCUGAACGUGCUUCCGCCCGGCAACGACGUAGUGCCGUGGCUGGGCGAUCUACGCUACCUCGGCACGCUGGAGGACGCAUUCCCGGGCGAAAACCCUUCCUUCCCGAUCAAGGCGGACAAGCGCAGCUACUCGCAAACCAUCGUCGUGUGGAUACGCCAGGCAAGCCUGCAGUCGGACAUCCAGAAGGUGCUGCGGCACGCGAAGAAGCUGCCGGAAAAGACGCAACACUUCUACAAGGAGCUGAACCGGAUUCGGCGCGCCGCCCUGUCGCUCGGGUUCGUCGAGCUGCUCGAGGGGCUGGCCAACAUUUUCGAGCGCGAAAUUAGCACGCUGCCGCUGAGCGCUUCGCCCGACUGUUCGAUGCAGCUGACGCACGCCGCGAUGGAGCUGCGCAAGACGAACAAUCGCGACCUGAAGUCCAUCAUACACGCGCUCCCGACGCAGUAUAACCAGCUAGGUUAGCGAGAGAGAGAGAGGUUGUUGUGGAGCGAUUUGAGAAAUAAAUAAGUUAUUUUAGUAAAAAAAA